CAUGGCAGAGUUCUGUGUAUACUCAAUACUCUUGAGAAGUGCUUUAUCCUUUUGAUUUUGAGCAUUCCACCUAUUUUCAGCCAGGCCUCGUUGCCUAUCACAUUGACGUGGCGUAUAUCCCCCCAAACCGCGCAGCGAGCCGCAGGAGAUGGACCUGGAAAAGUUGUUUGCUAUACAUUCGAUUCUUCACCUCAUAUAUCACCGCAACAAGAACCAGCACGGCAAUACUAAGUGGUGGAAGUGGCUGGCGAUCCUGAAGCGAACAACCCGGAAACUCGUCAUGUCUAUCGGGCAUCGGCCAUCAUACAUCGCAGGUCAAUCUUCAGCCCCAAAGUACACAAAACCCCUGGCGCACACUAUUAUUCCCAGAUGUUACCUUGUCUUCUCAACGGUUGUGGCCGACGGGCAGUUCUCCACACUUGGGACAGUACUUUUAGCCACGCUGGCCCGCCUUGCCAAGGCAAUUGGGUUCCGGAAGGAGCUCAAGAUCCCUGCUACGACGGUGGUUACCUCUGCCCUCGACAGCAGCAGCGAAAUCACCAAAGAGGAAGAUGUAGGGACAGUCGUUUCACGGGGCAGACCCAAUCCAGUCAUCCCAUUACCGCCAGACCAUUGUGACCUGGAUGAUUUGGGUCGCAUGGCGUACCAGAAAAGUACAGGUAGCCUACCAAGGGGUUCAGGACGCUGCGAAGAGACGAAGAUGGAGGAGCGGAUCCAGAAGAAGAAAAAGAAGAACAGGAGAAAGGAUGCCAUCGACGAUUUGUUCGACUCUUUGCUGUAGGUGAGCUGGAUCUGCACACUGUCGAAGUGCCUUCCAGAAGAAUCAACAGAAAGAGUCUUCGAUCUGUCUCCGUCAGCGAGACACCCGGUGGGUUCGCAUUCUCCGCAACCCGCGCCUAUUUCAUGCAUAUUAUGAAAACUC